AUGAGCGUCCUCUUUGGUACGCGUCGUCGUCGGCUACCCAGCAGCGAAGAGGUAAAGCCUGCGGUGUCAUCUGACUCGGAUUCAGAUGCAAAAUCCAUCGUCAAGCAAACGUUUAUAAACGACAAAGUAUUGGUAAAAAAUGCCGACUCGGCGUUUAACGUGCUUAUUUCGUUCCUGAACCUCGGCGUAGACCCAUGGCUGGUCAAGCGCUGUGAAUUGAUGGGUAUCCGUCAUCCUACACCUGUACAGGCUCAUUGUAUUCCUUCUAUUCUCGCUGGACGUGAUGUAAUUGGAUGUGCUCAGACUGGUAGUGGUAAGACGGCGGCCUUUGCACUACCGAUCCUGCACACACUGAGCAAAGACCCGUACGGCCCUUAUGCUCUCGUAUUGACACCUACUCGGGAGCUGGCCUUUCAGAUUGCAGACCAGUUCAAUGCCUUUGGUAGCUCUAUGGCGGUGCGUUGCACCGUGAUUGUUGGUGGUGUGGACAUGCUCAAGCAGUCGCUGCAGUUGCAGCAGCGUCCGCACAUUAUUGUGGCUACGCCUGGACGAUUUCGGGAUCACUUGAUGCAUGUGGAGCCUCCGAAUAUCUCGUUGGUCAAGUACGUGGUGCUGGAUGAGGCUGACAGACUAUUGGACGUGACGUUUGCCAAGGAUUUGAGCUAUAUAUUCGACAAGUUACCGGCCAAGCGACAGACGCUGUUGUUUUCUGCUACGAUGACUGCAAACUUGGACAGGUUGGAGCAAACGGCGCUUUCAGAUGACGCAUUCCGCUUUGAUGCGACACCCAGUAUCAAGACAGUGGCGACUCUGAAGCAGUUUUAUUUAUUCAUCCCGGCGCAGGUCAAGAUGACUUACCUCAUGUAUUUGAUGAAGAUGUUGGACCCGAAUGAGGAAGAUGAGGAAGAGGAGCAGGGAAGUCGUAAAAAGUCGUCGAAGGGCAACAAGGGCAAAAAGGCUCAUCAGGAUUGGGAAAAGCUGCUGGAAGCCACAACAUCAUCAUCAAAACAUCAACUUAGGUCCAUGAUGAUUUUUGUGUCCACAUGCAAGAUGUGCGAGCUGGUGGGUGAAAUUGGCAAUGAACUGGACAUCAAGUGUGUGACGUUGCACUCGAUGAUGUCACAGAACCGACGUCUUGCAGCUCUUGGCAAGUUUAAGAGUGGUCUUAGUCACAUCCUUAUCAGCACUGAUGUUGCGAGUCGUGGUUUAGACAUCCCCGAGGUCGACAUUGUGAUGAACUUCGACUUGCCACGCGAUGCCGAUGACUACAUUCACCGAGUGGGUCGUACUGCUCGUGCUGGACGCAACGGUCAAGCUAUCUCUCUGGUGACACAGCAUGACAUUGAGCUACUACAGAACAUCGAAGCCAAGGUGGGCAAGAAAAUGGAUGACUACGAGUACGAGGCACCCGAGAAAAAGGUUCUCAAAUUGCUCAACGACGUGACUACCGCUUCACGUAUCGCCAAGAUGAAGCUGACUGAGCGUGGCUUUGAUGAUAAGGUACAAGCACGCAAGGUAAAACGCCAGGAACAACUACAACGCAGCAACAAGAAGCAUAAGACACAGACAGACAAGCAAUAG